UAUUUUUCCGACGUAAUGAAACAUUACUUUAUAUUAAUUUGUACGUUGAAAUUCUUCCUAUUUUUAAAUCAUUUAUUUUAACUUUUGAACAAAAAGAACCGUUAGUCCAUCGAAUUUAUGAUGAGCAAAUUGAACUAGUGAAAACAAUUUUAACUUGUUUUAUUAAGCCAAAGAUGAUAAAAAAUAUAACAGGAGAAAAGUUGAAGUUUUCAAACCUGAAAGAUAAAAAAAUGUAUCGCCAUUUGAACUACAUAUACCUUGGAAGUAAUGCUGAAAAAUAUUUGUCAAGAAUACUUAUUCGAAAUCCUGAUUUCAAAUCAUCGUUUUUAAAGACCUUGCUAAAAGCUUACCUUGAAUCGUCAGUUUACUUACUUAAUAAAUUACCCUUUAUUAAAAUGCCUCUCUGCGAUCGACCCAAUGUCUCAAGGUCACAAAAUUACAGAGAGAAUCUCAAUGCAACUAAGGCCUGGUACACGUUUUUUCGAACAAAAAUGUAAGAUUUUUCAAUUGCAAUAUAUGUAAAUUUUUUUGUCAAAAAGUAUGACAUGUUUGGUAUGUUUGGAAAGAUUUUUUUAACCACUAUUAUAAUCUGGUAAAAGUAAUGCGACUUUAACAAAUCGUCAAGCGUAGUUUUAUUUAGAAAAGAUGUAAUUUUCAACAUAAAGUACCGUGGGGCUUGGCUAUAGAUGAGUCUAUAAAUUUGAUUUUUUCAUAAAAGCAUGUCUUGGUAUUUGUUUUCAAUGAAUGUAACGUGACAUUUACGAUUAGACAUUAUUUGGGGAAAAUAUCCAUGAAAAACUAUUUUUUUAUGAAAAUUGAAGUUAAUAUUUUCAAUACCACACCUAAAUGAAUAAUUUUAACAAUAAUGUCAAAUUAGAUUCAGAUAAACUAUGGUAGUGUUAAUGUUUCUGCAAAAGUCGUUUUUACAUAAAUAUUCACAACUUUAAGCCCCAAUUAAAAAACUGUUUUCGGUAUUUAGUUUCAUUUUUUGAAAUACUCGGGACUUAUUCGGCAUCUUAAAAAAAUAAUUUAUUCCAUUUAGCAGAAUGCGUCAACAAUUUGAAAAAAGAGGCGGUAAACUUUAUAAACAAGUUAGUUUUGAUUUUCAUAUCAGCAGCAUAUAAACUUUAUAAACAAGUUAGUUUCAUUGCUUCUAAAAAUAAAUGCAAUCAACUUUUUAAAUUAAAGUAUGGAAUGACUGUGAUAUCAGUUAAUAUAAUAUUUUUUACUCUUUAAACUUUAUAGAUCAUCACUAUGUCUAUAAUAGAUCCAUUAUCGUGUGGUUAUGUCAAAGUUAUUGUGUUUAACCUGCUGAUGUCAAAGGCUUCCUUACAGCAAAGAAUUGAUGAAUAUAAUUCAAUAUUCAGCUGUCAAAAAGAAAAUUUUGCUGUCUCUAAUGAUAUCCAUCGUCGAAAUUUUCCUAAGAUUAAGGCAAAAUUAUGUUAUCUUUCUAAACGACAUAGUGCAAAAAAGAAGAUAAUAAUGGACACAUUUUCUUUAAAUGCAUGGAUUAAACUUAGUUUAACAGAAAAAUGUCGAUACAGGUUUUCCAACUGUCAAGAGUGUGUUAAGCUUAAUGCAAAUGUGUUAUCUUUAAUCCCAACAAACACUAAGUUUUACAAAAAAAAAGCAAGUUAUCUUUUGUCAAAUGAAAUCGCAACUGGAAACAAAGAAAAUUUAAUAAGUUGCGCAAGUACUUUAUUGGAUGAAACAAAUAGAAAAUUUAAAAAACAAUACUUUAUGCCAAUAACAAAUGCAAUACCCCUCAUACCUGAUUCAAACUUAAUUCAGAAACCAUCAAGAACUGACACAAAAAAAUUACGCAAUAAAUAUGCAAGGUUAUUCAAAUGCAGUGUUGAAAAAUGCUUUGAAGAAACAGCAGCUGUAAGGGCAUUUGGAACUGAAAUAUCUUUGCGGAAGGCUACAAAAAUACGAAUGAAUCAAAGCUUUGAAACUUUUGCAAACUUAAAAGUUCGUAAUGAAAAAAAAAAUCCAAAUAAACUUAAAGAUCAUACUGGAAACUACACAAAUAAAUGGAAUGAAAAUGAUUGUUGGAAGGAGGUAGUUUCUUAUGUGCCAGGUACAAAAAUCAAUUUUACUGAGCUAGCAAAAAAAUACAAUGUUAUUAACAGUAAUGGUGAGAUAGCUAAAAAUGGGGGUCAAAUUGUAAAACAGUUUCUAUCAAGUAAAGGUGUUGACUUAAGUUGUUUGAAAUAUAAAGGCCAAGGAAAUAGAAUAAUAAGACGAUGUAAGAAGAAAAUUCAUGCAACAGAUAUUAGUAUACCUGCUGAACCAACAAUAAAAAAAAUUAAGUUGAAUAUAAAAGAGAAAGUGUCUAAAGGAGAAUAUACCAUUGGUGAAUUAAUUAUACCACAAAAGUUCCAAAUCCUUACAAUAAAUGAUGAUAAAUCUUUUAAAACUACUGAGGUAGAUGUAGCAGGUAGAAAAAUCCCUCUUAAUCAUAUCAGAAAAACACUUGCUGAAAAGCACAAAUGUUUUAUGCGAUUACAUUCAGAAUCUGAAAUAAAUUCAAUGAGCGAUGGCAAGGUUAAAGAAGAACUAAAUCGUUUAAAUGAAAACGACAAUAGCAUUCACAAACUUCAGGAUUUGCGAAAAAAACUAUUAUAUUUUAACAGAAGAAGACACAUACAAGUUUGGCAUGAUGGAUCUACUGUAAACAACCAUUCACAUUUACUGUUUAUGGUGAACUGUGUGUAUGAUAAAGCAAUAUAUUACACUGAAAAGGAGCAUUUUGAAAUUCAUGGUAAAAAAAUUGACGUUCAAGCUCAGAUUGAAAAACCUGAACUUUAUAUAUUUGCUCGUUGUUCAUCAACAGAUAAACAGCUUACGUACACAAGUACCAGAAAUGAAGAUAACAGACUGUUAGGAGAGUCUAUUGAUAUAAAUGGUGAAAAAAUUAAUGAUAUAAUGCGUUUUUUUCAUGGUGAUGCACCUGCCUGUCAGUUUGAGAUUGGAUAGCAAAAAGGAGGUGAUUAUCCUUGUUGUGCAUGUCCAAUUAACAUAAAUCGCUCUUAUGAUACAGCUUAUUCAUUUUAUCAACCUCUGCUGAGUAUAGAAAAUAGAGUAAAGAAGCUCACACUUACUCAAAUAAGCAGAAAUAAAAUAAACAAACAGCAAAUUAAACUGUACAAAAACUUACCAAAACAUGAAAUUAUUGAUGAACUUAAUGAACGAGGAAUAUAUUUUCAAUAUAAAUCACACAAAAAAAUUCUUCAGCAAAAACUUGAUAAUGAAAUGCAUGGCAUGCAGCGAUUACCAGCUUUGCUGUUUAAUGAGGAUUUCGAUGACUUAGAAAAGCUUUAUUUAAGUAAAUAUGAAAUCUUGCCAUGUGAACCAUUACAUGAUGUGAAAGGUCACACAUCUAAUCUUUAUGAAGAAAUCAGUUCUCAUUUAAAUACUAUUGAACAAAAACUGUUUAAGGAAAUGGUGAGUUUAUCAUUUGACAACAAAGAUUGCAAACGUGGCAUUGACUAUCGUAAAAGUUUAAGUAAAUUAGUUUUGAUAUUGAAAGGAAAAAUUGAUUCAAGAGCUUAUAAUGUUUUAUUAACAAUGUUUUACAUUCAAGGCAUACUGUAUGGUAAUGAACUCAGUAGAACAAUUGAAAAUAUUUUGUUUCUUUACAAUCAAACAUUUUUGCAUUCAAUUUAUUUAAAAGAACUUAUAAAGGACAAACCAAUAGCAGUUUCACAGCAAAAAAUGUAUGGCAAAUACCAACAUAACCUAAUAGUACAUGCCCCACACAUGUUAAGAAUAAUCUCUGGAAUAUCAGCAAAUGCUGAAGAAGAGGAAAGAACUUUUAAUACAAUUAAAACUAUAAACAGUUCAACUACAAACCACAAUAGUGAGCAUGUGAUAUUAAACACCUUGCUUCGACUACAAUGUCAUAAAAGCUUCAAUGAGGGCUGCAAAACUCAAAACCAUCAACAUGCAAUAAGAAAGAUAGUAAAAGAUUAUGAACGAACAGAAACAGAAAUUCCAUUUUUGGAUUAUUGAAAUGUAUCCAUGGAUAUGGCAAGGUCAUUUAGAGCGGAUAUCAGACUACUUGUCAGAAGGUAAUAAUAUUUGGUGGUUUGAGUCAAAAAAUGGAAUAACAUUUAAAGAUAAAAUAAGUAAUAUUUCAUCAAAAUUGCAGCUACAUCAUUUUCGCUCAUCCACAUUAAUGUCUGAAUAUAUCAAUCUUAAGAACAUUUGGAAUGAAUGUUUAUUGAACAAAACUAAAAUUCCUGCACAAAAGAUCAAGAUUGAGUCGAACGAGGGUACUCAAGUUGUUAAUUGUAACUCUUUAAAAAAAUAUAUAGUUUUAGAAAAUAAAAACCCAAAAAUUCAGACCAGCACCAAUGAUUCUUUUAUUCAUUUUGCACAAAUAACAGAGGAACCAGAAAAAGAAAGUUCAAUUCAGAUGCAAAAAAUAAUCAGAUCAAAGAACCUAAGUAUGGACCAAGCAACCAGUACUCCCCUUUUUAUCUGAUGUUUCAACCAAGCCUUAUGUUCAACCUAUUAAGGAAAUCACUUCACCAAUAAAGACAGUUUUUAAAAGAUAUCAACCCGUAGCAACUUCUUUCAAUGAAAUUCAUUUAUCAAAUAACACCAAUAACAUAACAAAAUCAAAAACAAAUGUAGUUAAUCUUAAAGACAAGGAAAUAUCAGCAAUAAAUUUGUUUAAUAACACAGUUAAUAUUUAAAAAAUAUUAACUUUAAAAGUAUUUAU